AUGUCUUCCGCUCUCGACAACAGCAUUCAAGGCAAUCAGGUGGAUAGUGCACUUCUCGUACUCAGCUCUGCAAAUCCUUCUACGGUCUUGUACUUACCACACCAGAAAUCUCUCAUUCAAAAGUUCUUCAGUCAAGGAACCGUUGAAGAACUUUUCAGCUUCGCGCCCACACAAUUUGCGUUGAACGCAACGCCACUCUCGUUCCUCCCGAGUCCGGGAAAACCGAUCGAGCAAUCGUUUUGUACCCAACACAUUACAGAAGACAGAGACGAAGCAUUUGACCUAAGGAGCUUAUACAGUUUAAGCGACAGAAGCCACGACACGGCUUGGUCCUCGAGCGAGUUUGUUGUGAAUUCCCCAAGUUUACAGCAUAAUUUUAGCCAAUCCAGCAGUGAAACAAGCAGCUUUACAGAUCAACUUUCUACGAAAGGAACACCCAAAAACAGCUGUGACCGUAAACGGCCUAAUAAACAAAAUGUCAACCUAGCUCUUAAGAGCUUGAGAUGCGUGGAUCUUCUACCAGCAUCACUAAUCCAGGAGAUUCGAAGGAGUAAUAACUGGUCGUUCCUAUUUGAUUUGAGUACUUCGGAACCAGCAGGUGUUCUUAGAGCUCCUAGAGCGGCAGUGCUCCAAGUUGUUCAAGCCACUGGAAAAAUAAACAGAAAGAUAAACAGAAACGUAUGGGGAGUCGCCUAUACAAGCCGCAUUUUAUAUAUUCUGUUGGCACACUGCAUAGAUUGCUACAUGAAAUCUGAUGCAAUUCCAGUACACAAGAACUGUGGUCAAGGGGCUCGGACAUACGCGUACAAGGCGAUAUCACAAUAUACGGGCGAAUCGGUUUCUGACAUCCGCCAGAUGAUUUGCUGUACAAACAAGUACCUUCUACUGGCGAGAGAACUUGGUAUCGGCCGCAUCCUCGAGAUCGAUGCGAGAUCUUCAUCACUGUGGGAACGGAGGUUGCGGAAAAACGAUGUCAAGGAAGCUUGUUUGGAAAUAGGAAAAGAAAUGAGCCAGGACGAUGAGAUGAGAAGGUCUGACCUGGAUUUUCAAACGUCCCAACUCAUCAUCGAGAUAUUGGUCAAGGUUGGAACAAGUAUGCCGGAGCUGGCCACCAAGGACUCCUGCCUCAUACCGCUUUUGCGCAAGCAUAUCCACUUCGGAUACCUUGAAGAAAAAAAGAUUGUUUGGAAAGAGGAAGUUUUACAACCUGAAGUUGGUUGCCAACAGCCCGGCAAAGUGGCACAAAAAUCAUAA